UCGCCACCAGGCACGCCCGGGGCCUCCCCACCUCGCACCCAGAGAGAGGAGCUCGGCUGCCGCAGUCCGGCCACUUCCCGUUCUGGGCGGGCCGGCGGCGGCUCCUGCCCUGUUCCCCGCUCUGCUGAGGGUGCCGCGGGCACGGGGCUCGGGGCUACGACCUAGGUCUCGGAGACCCAGCCCGCGCUGCCUGCUCUACAAACCUGGAGGCCAAGAAAGGUCUGAAGAGGCUGUGGAUCUUAUUCGCCAAAAUGAGCCUUAUUCAAGAGAGCAGUAGUUUCCUCGGGGAGAGAUGCCAGAAAGACACUGAACACUGAAUAUUGAAAGGGAGAAGGUUGUUUUAAAAUAUUCUGACUUACUUCAAAGAACAAUGCCAGGAACUUAAAAAGAUCCCUGUUUUCAGCAAGACUCCAGCUUGCUCUGAACAGACAUAUUCCAGGACCAAAGGGAGCAGGAGGAACCUUUCCCAAGGUCUUUGCCUUCUUACAGGGGCCACGCUGAGAGGCAGGGGCCCUGGGUCCUGAUUGUCCUCUGCCAGGAAGACACAUUCAGCCAAAGAUGAAUUUGGGACAAGUAGCCACUUGCUCCUUUAACCAUGGAGAAGCAGGGCCACAGUGAGAUGGAAAUAAUCCCCUCAGAGUCUCUUCACUCCUACAUUAAGUUGUUGAAAAGCAACCGUGAACUUCUGGUCACUCACAUCCGCAACACGCAGUGUCUGCUGGACAACCUGCUGAGGAAUGACUACUUCUCGGCUGAAGACACGGAGAUCGUGGGCGCCUGCCCCACGCAGCCUGACAAGGUCCGCAAGAUUCUGGACCUGGUGCAGAGCAAGGGCGAGGAGGUGUCAGAGUUCCUCCUGCACGUGCUCCAGCAGCUCGAAGACGCAUACGUGGACCUCAGGCCGUGGCUGGCGGAGAUCGGCUUCUCCCCUUCCAGGCUCAUUCAGAGCAAAACGGUGGUCAACACCGACCCAGUGAGUAGGUAUACCCAGAAGCUGCGACACCAACUGGGCCGAGACUCCAAGUUCAUCCUGUGCUACUCACAGAAGGAGGAGGUGCUGCUGGAGGACACGUACACAGACACCAUCAUGGAGUUCGUCAACUUCAGCAACGAGAGCCUGGGCAGCCUGGGUAGCCUGGCCUGCCUCCUGGACCACUCCACGGGUGUCCUCAAUGAACAGGGGGAGACCAUCUUCAUCUUCGGCGAUGCCGGCGUGGGCAAGUCCAUGCUGCUGCAGCAGCUACAGAGCCUCUGGGCCACCGGCCAGCUAGAUGCAGGGCUCAAGUUCUUCUUCCACUUCCGUUGCCGCAUGUUCAGCUGCUUCAAGGACAGCGACACGCUGAGCCUGCAGGACCUGCUCUUCAAGCAUUACUGCUACCCGGAGCAGGACCCCGAGGAGAUAUUCACCUUCCUGCUGCGCUUCCCCCACACCGUCCUCUUCACCUUCGACGGCCUGGAUGAGCUCCACUCAGACUUCGACCUGAGUCACGUGCCUGACACCUCAUCACCCUGGGAGCUGGCCCACCCCCUGGUCCUGCUGGCCAACCUGCUCAACGGGAUGCUGCUUAGGGGGGCCGUCAAGCUGCUCACGGCCCGCACAGGCAUCGAGAUCCCACGGCAGCUCCUGCGGAAGAAGGUGCUUCUGCGGGGCUUCUCCCCCAGCCACCUGCGGGCCUAUACCAGGAGGAUGUUCCCCGACCGGGCCACGCAGGACCGCCUGCUGGACCAGCUGGAGGCCAACCCCAACCUCUGCAGCCUGUGCGCCGUGCCCCUCUUCUGCUGGAUCAUCUUCCGCUGCUUCCAGCAUUUUCAUAGCACCUCCGACAGCUUCCUGCAACUGCCCAAUGGCACUGUGACCCUGACUGAUGUCUUCCUGCUGGUCACUGAGGUCCACCUGAACAGGGUGCAGCCCACUAGCCUGGUGCAGCGGAACACACGCAGCCAGACAGAGACCUUCCGCACCAGCCUGGGCACCCUGCACUCGCUGGGGCAGGUGGCCCACCGGGGCAUGGAGAAGAACCUCUUUGUCUUCAGCCAGGAGGAGGUACAGGCCUCUGAGCUUCAGGAGGCUGACCUGAAGCUGGGCUUCUUGCGGGCUAUGCCUGAGGUGGGCCUUGGCGGGGACCAGCAGUCCUAUGAGUUUUUCCACAUCACCCUCCAGGCCUUCUUUACUGCCUUCUUCCUCGUGGUGGACGACAAAGUGGGCACUCACGAGCUGCUCAGGUUCUUCCAGGAAUGGGUGCCUCCUGGGAAGGCAGCAGCUGUGUCCUGUUCUCCCCUCUCCUUCCCUUUCCAGUGCCUGGGGGACAGUGGCCCGGUGAGGGAAGACCCCUUCAAGAACAAGGAUCAUUUUCAGUUCACCAACCUCUUCCUGUGUGGGCUGUUGUCCAAAGCCAAAAAGAAACUCCUGCAACAUGUGGUGCCAGCUGCAGCCCUUAGGAGAAAGCGCAAGGCCCUGUGGGCACACCUGUUUGCCAGCCUGAGGUCCCACCUGAAGAAUGUGCCCCGCGUUCAGACUGAGGGCUUCAAACAGGUGCAGGCCAUGCCCACCUUCAUCUGGAUGCUGCGCUGCAUCUACGAGACGCAGAGCGAGAAGGUGGGGCAGCUGGCAGCCAGGGGCAUCUGCGCCAACUACCUCAAGCUGACCUACUGCAAUGCCUGCUCGGCCGACUGCAGUGCCCUCUCCUUUGUCCUGCACCACUUUCGAAAGCGGCUCGCUCUUGACCUGGACAACAACAAUCUCAAUGACUACGGUGUGCGGGAACUGCAGCCCUGCUUCAGCUGCCUCACCGUCAUCAGACUCAGUGUAAACCAGGUCACUGACGCUGGGGUCAAGGUGCUGUAUGAAGAGCUGACCAAGUACAAAAUUGUGACGUAUUUAGGCUUGUACAACAACCAAAUCACAGACGUCGGAGCCAGAUACAUCGCCGGAAUCCUGGACCAGUGCAAAGGCCUCACUCACCUAAAAGUGGGGAAAAACAGAAUAACGAGUGAGGGAGGCAAGUGUCUCGCCCUGGCUGUGAAGAACAGCAAGUCGAUCUCUGAAGUUGGGAUGUGGGGCAAUCAAAUCGGUGAUGAAGGAGCAAAGGCCUUCGCGGAGGCUCUGAGGAACCACCCCAGCUUGACCAACCUGAGCCUGGCAUUCAACGGCAUUUCUACAGAAGGAGGAAAGAGCCUUGCGCAGGCCCUGCAGCAGAACACAUCUCUGAGAAUAUUCUGGCUCACCAAAAAUGAACUCGACGAUGAAGUGGCUGGGAGCCUGGCAGAGAUGCUGAAAGUCAACCAGACGUUGAAACAUUUAUGGCUUAUCCAGAACCAGAUCACCGCCCAGGGGCUCGCCUGGUUUGCAGACGCACUGCAGAACAACACCGGCAUCAUGGAGAUCUGCCUGAAUGGAAACUUGAUCAAGCCCGAGGAGGCCAAAGGCUUUGAAGAUGAGAAGCGGCUUGUCUGUUUCUGAGAGGACGCUUUCCUGUCCGUGGGGCUGGGCCCUUGGGGGGCUCCCUAGCAGCCACCACCAAGCUGGGCGGUCACUUGGUCUGGUCACCUGGUCUUCUGUGUCUCGGAAGGGGUCCACUGAGAUGGUAGGAUGGGACCGCCUGCUGGGAGCCUCUGCCUCCGUGAUGCAAAUCAACCUCCCGCAGGUGCUGAGGGGCAGACACUGAACUCCCCGCAUCGUAGGGAGGGGGGGGCUUUGUAAGACAUUUUACAGUAAGACGUUUACUGUAAACAUGCUAUGAAGAGAUGUGAAUGCAUGUCCACGAUCACUUUAACCUGAACCUAGAGGAAUAAGACUUGGAGUUCACCCAAACGCCUGCCCUGAGGAUGGGGGUGGGGGGCAGUGAGCUGGCCACUGCUGUAGUCAUGGAACGACCGAGGGCUCGGCGCAGAAGUUGGUGCCGAGUUUCUUGGAGGAAAGAUGCUCAGCAAACGAAACGUGUUUGGCCUGAUGUAUUCUCCUUGCUCAGUCCCUCCCUCCACGCGCAGCUAUUAUUCCCACUUCUCAGCUGUAGAUUCUGAGGUGUGUGCAGGGUGGGGAGGCAAUCGAUGCCAAGGAAAGAACUCGUCACAGGCUUUAGUUUGAAUCCUGGGGUGUCACUGCCAACAAAGACCCCUGGAGCAGGUCUAAGGGAACAGACAAGGCCUCUGUAAUGCUGAGUUUCCACUUGGGGCUUCCGCUUGGCUCGGCUGACCCUCCAGGAGACCAGUACUAGGGGCAAAGCCCCUGCCCCGGAAGAAGCACUGCCCGCCUCCGAAAGCAGAGAGGCAUGGUGCACGUCUGUGGCCCUGACACCCCCACAGAAGUGCCCCUCUCUCGCCCUCCUGAGGAAGUCUCCUCCUGCCCCUGUGAAGUUGGGGGGCUGCUGGGCUGGAGCCAAGACUCGGGAAGCUGCUGAGAACCCGGCUCGCAGAGCACGUCAGACUGACCGCCACGGUGGGCACAGGGCGGAUGCCGAACGGGGGCACGGGGUGGCGACAGGACCAGGUAACUUGUGCUCUUACCGAUUCAUUUGUUAAUAAAAUAGUGAACACACUCUUUCUAACUGCCG